AUGGAUGACAUGUUUUGCCCUUUCCUUGAUGCUUAUAGGUGGGAUUCUGAAGGUCCCUUUAAGCCAUUGCAUUUGAUGAAUCCUACGAGACUUGCUUUUAUCCGUUCUGCAUUAUUUUCCCUUGUCAGGAAGGACCCUUAUAGUGCUAAACCUCUUGAAGGACUUAAAAUUGUUGAUGUUGGAUGUGGAGGUGGAAUUCUUUCUCAGCCACUAGCUCGAUUGGGAGCUAAUGUGACGGGUGUUGAUGCUGUUGAGAAAAUAUACAAGAUUGCUCAACUUCAUGCUGUAUGUAUAUUCUGGUUUGGGAUCAGUAACUUCAACUAUGUGAAUUUGUUGACAAAACGGCAGUAUGACAUGCCAAACCUCGAGAUCUUGUAUAUUAGUCUUACAUCCAUGAAGGCAUGCUUCAAGUCUUUUACAUCAUGGAUUGCAGACCUUUGUUGGAUCUUGAUGCAGAGAAAUAAGCUUAAAUAUUGCAUGGGGUUUUGGCUUGCAGAAAAGAAACUAGUUGAAGAAGGAAGAAAAUUCGAUGCCGUUAUGGCCUUGGAGGUGAUUGAGCACGUGGCAAAUCCUGCAGAGUUCUGCAAAUCUCUUGCAGCACUAACAGUUCCUGACGGCGCCACUGUGAUAUCGACCAUUAAUCGUUCUAUGCGAGCCUACGCAACUGCCAUUGUUGCUGCAGAAUACAUUCUCCGCUGGCUUCCGAGAGGCACUCAUCAAUGGUCCAGUUUUCUGACGCCAGAGGAACUCGUCCUCAUCCUGCAACGCGCCGGUAUCAAUGUGGAGGAGAUGGCCGGAUUUGUGUACAACCCGGUGACAGGACGGUGGUCUUUAUCAGACGAUAUCAGCGUAAAUUUCAUCGCCUUCGGCACCAAAUCAAACAACACCGAAUAGCAAGAUAUAUAGAUAAAAUAGCAUUACUAUUAGUACUGUUAUAUUAUUAUAAUUGAAAUUGUUUUUGAAUGGCGAAUAAUAAUAUCCGUGAAAUUGGAA